AUGAAUGAUAGGAUGCUCGUUCACAAAGUCUGCCAUCGCCUCUCUCUUCUCUCCCUCACUCCACACACUCUCCCUUUUAAACCCGUCCAAUUCCCAUCGGCCCUUUCACCCGCGAGCAUCGGAGCACGUCCCCUAAACGGCACCGUAAGGUCCCUCAGAACUACAGCCGUCAUGGCCACCUCUAGGCUCCGCAACCUCGUCCCUGUCAACGCCGUCGCUUCGGAGGAUGGCAGUGGCAGAGCCUCCAACGGCUCUGUCUCUUCUACCGCAGCUACCACUGCACUUGAAGAUGAAGAGGACUCCACGUUGGGAGUUAGAUAUCGUCUUCCUCCACAAGAAAUUAAAGAUAUCGUGGAUGCUCCACCACUUCCCGCCUUGUCAUUCUCACCACAUAGGGAUAAGAUACUGUUUCUCAAGCGGAGAUCUUUGCCGCCAUUGGCAGAAAUUGCUAGACCAGAGGAAAAGCUGGCCGGCGUUCGUAUUGACGGAAAAUGCAAUACAAGGACUCGGAUGUCGUUUUACACGGGCAUUGGGAUCCAUCAAUUGUUGCCUGAUGGUACCCUUGGGCCCGAAAUAGAGGUACAUGGAUUCCCUGAUGGUGCUAAGAUCAAUUUCGUUACUUGGUCCCCGGAUGGUCGCCGUUUAGCCUUCUCCAUCCGAUUUGAUGAGGAGGAAAGUACCAGUAGUAAGCUUAAAGUGUGGGUUGCCCAAGUGGAAACGGGGAUCGCUAGACCUUUGUUUAAGUCAGACGAAAUAUUUUUGAAUGCCGUUUUUGACAAUUUCGUUUGGGUGAAUGAUUCUUCUUUGCUAGUUUGCACCAUUCCCCUGUCGCGUGGAGACCCGCCAAAGAAACCUUGGGUUCCUUUUGGACCAAAAAUUCAAUCUAACGAGCAGAAAAGCAUUAUCCAAGUUAGGACCUUCCAGGAUUUGCUGAAGGAUGAGUAUGAUCAAGAUUUGUUUGACUACUAUGCCACGACACAACUUGUUUUGGCUUCUUUGGAUGGGACGGUGAAGGAAAUUGGUCCUCCGGCUGUAUAUACAUCAAUGGACCCCUCCCCGGAUCAUAAAUACCUUUUAAUUAGUUCAAUUCACAGACCAUACUCUUUCAUUGUACCAUGCGGAAGAUUUCCCAAGAAGGUGGAUCUGUGGACAGCUGAUGGGAAGUUUAUUAGAGAGCUUUGUGAUUUGCCUCUUGCUGAGGACAUCCCCAUUGCAACCAACAGUGUGCGAAGAGGGAUGCGUUCAAUCAACUGGAGAGCAGAUAAACCAUCAACACUCUACUGGGUGGAGACCCAAGAUGAAGGAGAUGCGAAGGUGGACGUUUCUCCACGCGAUAUAAUUUAUACACAGCCUGCUGAGCCACUAGAAGGUGAAGGGCCAACGAUCUUGCACAAACUUGAUCUCCGCUAUGGAGGGAUUUCUUGGUCUGAUGAUUCAUUGGCUCUAGUUUAUGAGUCUUGGUACAAAACAAGGAGAACGAGAACCUGGGUGAUUUCUCCUGGAUCGAAUGAUGUCAGUCCGCGCAUCCUAUUUGAUAGGUCGUCCGAAGAUGUAUAUUCAGAUCCUGGCUCUCCUAUGCUGCGGAGAACUCCUGCUGGGACGUAUGUGCUUGCAAAAGUAAAGAAAGAAAAUGAGGAAGGCACUUAUAUACUACUGAAUGGAAAUGGUGCUACUCCAGAGGGAAACAUCCCAUUCCUCGAUUUGUUUGACAUAAAUACAGGCAAUAAAGAAAGAAUAUGGAAGAGUGACAAAGAAAAGUAUUAUGAGACUGUUGUUGCUUUGAUGUCUGAUGAGAAAGAAGGAGAUCUGCCCAUUGAUCACUUGAAAAUAUUGACUUCCAAAGAGUCAAAAACUGAAAACACCCAGUAUUAUAUCCUAAGCUGGCCAGAAAAGAAGGCAUUCCAAAUUACAAAUUUCCCUCAUCCAUAUCCACAGCUGGCAUCAUUACAGAAAGAGAUGGUCAAGUACCAGAGAAAGGAUGGGGUUCAACUGACUGCAACGUUAUACCUUCCACCAGGCUAUGAUCCAUCCAGAGAUGGCCCUCUUCCAUGUCUAGUCUGGUCUUAUCCUGGAGAAUUCAAAAGCAAAGAGGCUGCUGGACAAGUUCGUGGUUCUCCUAAUGAAUUUGCUGGCAUAGGUCCAACAUCUGCUCUCCUCUGGCUAGCUCGAAGGUUUGCUAUUCUAUCUGGACCAACAAUUCCUAUAAUUGGUGAGGGUGAUGAUGAAGCAAAUGAUAGGUAUGUGGAGCAAUUGGUUGCAAGCGCAGAGGCUGCUGUGGAGGAAGUUGUUCGACGAGGAGUGGCUCAUCCAAACAAAAUUGCUGUUGGGGGACAUUCAUAUGGGGCAUUCAUGACUGCAAACCUCUUGGCACAUGCCCCUCAUCUUUUCUCUUGCGGAAUUGCUCGAUCUGGUGCUUACAACAGAACACUUACUCCUUUUGGUUUUCAGAAUGAGGAUAGAACUCUUUGGGAGGCGACUAGUACUUAUGUAAAGAUGAGUCCUUUCAUGUCAGCUAAUAAAAUUAAGAAACCAAUCUUGCUUAUCCAUGGAGAAGAAGACAGUAAUCCCGGAACAUUAACCAUGCAGUCGGAUCGUUUCUUUAAUGCUCUGAAAGGUCAUGGUGCUCUUUGCCGCCUUGUGAUUCUUCCCUACGAGAGCCAUGGCUAUGCUUCAAGAGAGAGCAUCAUGCAUGUGCUAUGGGAAACUGAUAGAUGGUUGCAGAAAUAUUGCGUGUCACACACUUCCACUGUAAAUGUAGAUCCUGAUGCGAGUAAAGACGACUCAGGCACAGUAUCUACAGAUUCUGAAAGCAAAGCAAUUGCUGCUAGUGGAGGCAGUGGCCCAGAGGUGUCAAAUACUGAGCAUGAAGGAUUUGACUCGUUGCCAAGGUCAUUGUUAUGAAUAAAUUGCUGAUCUUGGCUUCUGAGGACUGUGGUUUGCACAUCAAUGUGGCGUACAAAUGAUACCUGACAACACAGAUGCUUCCAUCGUCGAAGGGCAAAUUUGCAUUUGUAACAAUAGUGAUGUAUUAUUAUUUGCAAGAUGCUUCCUCGUCGAAGUGAAAUUUGCAUUUGUAACAAUAUCGAUCGAUGUAUCAUUUGAAAUUGUAUCCCAAACUUCUUGUGCUCCAAAAUCCUUUCAGCAUUGCCGAUGUUGAGUAGCCAAUGCUUGGAUAGGAGGGUUAGGGGCAGGGUAGGAUUAGGUUUGCUUGUGUACCAUAAAUAAAGCUCUUGAAUGAAAACUAA